UAAUCAAAGUUAUCCUCCCACUUCAAAACCCCCCAGCUCUUUCCCCACUGUCGUAUUCUCUACGCAUUCCGAUUCCCUCCUCUGUUUCUCCGGGCAAGGAUCUCACUCCGACGCGACGACAUGUCGUCGCGUAACUCCAGCACCUUGUCCACGACCAGAACUCUCAGCGGAGUAUCCGAAAUGGAGGCCGCCGUGAAGCUCGGCUUGGAUCUCGCCGCCGCCGCCAGGCGAAACCUCAGCUUCCUCCGAGCUGUGGCCGAGUCUCGGUGGCUGUACCGGAAGCCAACGCUUGUUGAAGCCAUAAGAAGGUACCGUGAGCUCUGGAUGCCGUUGAUGGCUCAUCUGACGGCGGAGUCAACGUCAAUGACUACUCCGGUGGUUCACCCUCCCAUUGAUAUUGAGUGGGUUUGGUUCUGUCACACACUUAAUCCGGUUCAUUAUAGGCAAUACUGUGAGUCGAGGUUUUCAAGACUUAUAGGAAAGCCCACCAUUUUUAAUGAAGAGAAUGAAGAAUAUGCAUUAAUGAGGUGCAGAGAUAUAUGGGUUAAAAGGUACCCAGAUGAGCCAUUUGAGAAUGAAAGUGAUUCUGAUGUGGGGGUAUCAGAUGUGGUUAAUGAUGAGGAGCUAUUGGAGGAAGUGAACAAGCAUAGGUUUUUGUAUUCGAAAUUUUCGGAGCCAUACAGGUCUGAGAUUGUGUAUCUGAUAGCAGCAAGGCAGAGGUACAAGGGGUUUUUGUACAUGAUGCAGAGGACUAAUGAUUUGGGUUCUAAUUUGGUUCCUGCCUCUGAUAUAAUGCUAAUGUGGAUCAUGCAUCAGAGUUAUCCAACUGUAUAUGCUGAAGAUUUGAAAGAUGUAGAGGGUGAUUUGGUUACAGUGUUGACUGCGUGGGAUAAACUCAAGGAAAAAGAGGUGGAGGAGACCAAGAAGUUGUGGGAGAGGACUUUUGAUCAACCAUAUGAGAAAGCUGGUGGGGAAAUGGCGUUGACAUUGGAUGGGCGUGUCUCAUUUACACCACCGGUUUACUGGGAGGUUUCAGAUACAGAUGUCAAUACCAAAUACAAACCUCUGCUGCCUAGGUUCUUGCUUGAGGUCUGUGUGUUUGUCAGGCUUAGGGAUAAAAUGAAGGCAAUGCAUGGGAACAUAAGAGGUGAUAACCUUCGUCUUCGAAUUGUUAGGUGUCACAGGGAGUUAAAACUUGGAAAACCCAUGUCCGACUUUUCUCAUCUGUCAUGGCGAAAACCUUGGCAUCUCUACUGUGAGUUUGGUACCAAAGGAGUAAUAGUGGAGCUUCGUCGGCGUGGUGGCUACUGUUUUAAGGGAAAUAGUGUGCAAGACACUGUUACGUUUUAUUGGAAUGACUUACUUAGGGCACCCUCUUUGUCUUUGCAAAAAGAAGAUGAUGAACUGAAAAUUACUACUUCGAUAACUCCACCAGUUCAGGCACCAUACCUAAUGAAAUGUGUACCAGAUCAUGUCACAGAUGAUUCCGGGGCCAUGAUAUCGGAUGUGAUUCUGAGAAUGAACCAGUAUCGUCCCCAAGAAGGCCGGUGGUUGUCACGCACUGUGCUUGAUCAUGCAGGGAGAGAGUGUUUUGUGAUUCGAAUAAGGGUGGGAGAAGGAUUUUGGAGAAGAGGAGGCGAAGCUCCAUCAGCUGUGAAAUGGGAGGAUAGAAUCAUAGAGAUUCGAGAAGGUUCUUGGUCAUAUGUUGCCGGUUCCAUUGGUAGAUGCCCUGUGAAAGUGGUCGGAAACGCCUUACCAAAAGAACCAACGGAGCAAUGGAAAGCUGCAUGGAAAUUUUCAACAGGAGAUGAAUUGAUGAUAGGGGGAUUGCCAUCGUCAAUUUCAGGUCUGAGAUUUUGUUUGAAAAAUCAAACUGCUGAAUCAACGGUUAAGCUCUUGAAAGGACGUAAGAUGCAAUAUCAAGUGAAAAAGAAAGGAUCUGUAACUGUGGAUGAGGAAUGUCAAAUUUAUGAGGAAGGUGAAGGGGUGGAAGAUGAAGAUGAAGAAGAGGGGUUUUUAACCCUUGUACGGAUAACUGAAGAGGAUCCAAUUGGAAGAGCAACAGCUCUUUUGAAUUGGAAGUUAUUGGUAGUGGAGUUACUGCCAGAAGAAGAUGCAGUAUUUGUACUUCUUCUAUGCAUUUGUAUACUACGAAGUGUGUCGGAGAUGAAAAAAGAAGAUAUUGGAGGUUUGCUGAUCAGAAGAAGACUAAAGGAAGAAAAAUUUGGGACCAGAGAUUGGGGUUCUGUAUUACUUCACCCUUCAUCAAGUUCUUCAUCGAAUUCUUCACCUCAAGUUGAACCUUGGUAUUGGAAUGCAAAGGCAAUCAUAAAGUCAGAGGGUUCAGUUAACAUUACCAGGCAACCAGCUGUUACUGUGGGAUAUUCACCGGAGGAAGGUGGUGAUAAGUUGUACAGACGAAGCAUACUAGCAUGAAAAUUGACGAGUCUUAUUAAUUUUAACCAUUGAACCAAAAGACCCUUGCAUCUCUAUUGUUUAUUUCUAAUGUGACAUUGAAAAUCUUGAUGAUUAUAGUUUGUGCCUAUGCAUAAUUUGGACAACUUGAUUCUAUUUCUGUAAAAAUGAGGAUCCUUUA